AUGAGCUCUAAAGAUGGCGCUCGUACGUCCGCCGAGACGCUGGCAUCCAACAGCACUGAUAUCGUGUCGGACUUGCUUUUGCUUGAGAAGGAGCGAACGGCCAAAGAAGAGGCCAUUCAAACUAUGAGCAAAGCGCUCCUUGAGGAAACGCUGACGCGGCUGAGGAGCAAAGCUCAACAGCUUCAGGACAAUAAAUGGAUGUUUACCUGA